AUGAAGACGGCUACGUGUGUCACAAUUUAUUUAUGUAUUGCAACUGUGAAUUGUUUCGUUUCAAAUAACAUCAAUCAUUUAGUGAAAAAAAUAUGUAGAGGCGAACAGUCAUGUAGCGAAGACAAUAUCACCCUUCUGGCAAAUUCGUGUUGCCGUCCCUGUGAAUGCGAGGAUUUUUGUCAGGAAAAAGGAACGUGCUGUGACGGCAAUAGUUCAAACCGAAUCGAAAAUGUAACAGCUCAAGUCUGUUUACUGGCUGGAUUGGAAAGAUCGUCCAUUGACAGAAGAAACACACAGCUUAGUCCAUACUUUGUACGAGCACACUGUCCCAAAAGUUUCACCAACCAUAGUACCAGAGAUAAAUGUGAAACGAGCACUCCAGAAAGUAUUGAAGAUGGCGUAUUCGUUUCUUCUAAAAAUGGCAAAAUUGUUUACAAAAACAGACACUGUGCUCUUUGCCACGGUGAAGAAGACCCAAUUAUGUGGGCAGUAGGUGUAGAUGAAAAAUGUGUCAGGGACGUAUUUUUGUCUAGAUCUGACACUCACCAUUCGCUAAAUGCGUCAUACAUGAACGAAAAACUGAUGACAUCAUGCACAAUUACGUUUGACAGACCAAGUAUAACGAGCUGGAAACACGUGGUAUGUGCUUAUGAAGGAUUACUGAUUUCAAGUUGCCCGGAUUUGACGUCACAGAAACUCUCGUCUGAUGGUAUAGACAAGGAACUAAAUGAACUAUGUUUGAAGGACAACAGCGCACUGUCCGUUUUCCACGGUAAGUGGCAAUAUGCCAAUGUUUAUUGUUACUUAUGCAAUAGACAAAAAGCUGCCGUAUGUGACACAGAAAAUCCUGAUAAGGUCAUACAAAGUAUUAUCCUAUUACUAGACUUGUCGCUCCUGCGCAUGGGCAAGAUAUCACCGGAAGAGGAAGAAAAAGAACAUCAGUGUACCGGUCAUACUUUCUAUGACGAACUGUUUGAUACUUGCAGAGAAAUACGUUGCCAAAUGUUCGAUGUCGCUUCAGAGGGUAAAUGCGUUUCCAUUGUACAGAAAGGUGAAAUGAACUAUGCUUUCAACUUUGAACUUGUCCCAAAGCAUCCGUUGAACCACCAGCAGUGGAACCGUGUAGACAUAAGAGAAGUGUUGGAUGCUUUAUCCACGUUUCAAUCAAAACUGGGAUUUCGAAAAUGUCGGCGGUGCAGUGUCAAUGUCAGAUACAACCUGAACCCCACAAUGCAAUAUAAAACAUAUUCACACGUGAAGUUCUAUCUCCAGUUUGUAUUUACAGCAACACCGUAUUGUGAACGGAAAUAUUUACUGUCGCGCGCAGAAUGGUUGGAAAAUGGUCAACUUCCGGUUCCCUUGGCACAGAAUAUUACAUUAACGGCUAGAUAUAUCUGGUCACGAGACAAAUACACGAAUAUAACCAAAUCGCUUAUUACUGUAUAUCAUAAAAAUCGGUGCCUAAGAAUAGUCCUUGACCCUAGCAGAUUUGCUAAUUGUCCAAAAAUAACUCUGUCACUGGACGAAUUUGUUAAAAUUGGAAAUCUGACGUCAACCCAACAACUUAAAGCAGUUCGGAAUGAAUAUGAUGGUUUCGACGUCUGCCUGGAUGAAUACAAAAGAUAUGUUGGCGACAUAAAAUCAUACGGUGCUGAAACUAGAUGCAGCCCCAGCUUCGUGCUUAUGCCGCUGUUUCUGAUUUUUAUUGUUUUGAAGUAAUUGUCUUCAUGGCGCCUUUUCGGAGCACACUUUUGUGGAAACAAGUAACAUGCGCAUCGGCCUACCCGAAAUACGCCAAUUACAACACUGACCUAUGGUAAAAAUAGCAAGGACUGAAAUAUCCAGCUGAUAUCCUGUGCUCAAGGAACAGACAAUUCAAAAUACAUUGUCACAAUUCUGCGUGUUGAAUAUUCCUGGAAUUAACUGAAGACGAACAUUCUAUACAGUAUGGCAGUACACAAAAUGAUCUUGUGUCCACCCGUGUCUUAUUUUGAACAGUAUUUAACUCAAUAUUAUAAUCAAAUGCAGUUACCAGUGCGACAAUACGUAAUAAAAAUCAACUAUGAACAAAGUUGAAUCACUUCAAGCCAAGAAAUGUUGCAUUUUUAAACAUGAUAUGUUAAGUAGUCGUUAAUCCCCCGCCACAAGUGGGGGUGAGGGGGGGGGGGGGGUAUAGAAAUGGUCUCCGUCCGUCUUUCCGUCCGUAACAAUUUCGUGUCCGCUCCAUAUCUCCUACACCCCUUGAAGGAUUUUCAUGAAACUUGGGUCAAAUGAUCACCUCAUCAAGACAAUGUGCAGAACUCAUAAGUCAGCCUUGUCAGCUCAAGGUCAAGGUCACAACUCAAGGUCAAAAGUUUGAGCCUUCAAUUUUGUGUCCGCUCUAUUUCUCCUUAACCCCUUGAAGGAAUUUUAUCAAACUUGGCUCAAAUGAUCGCCUCAUCAAGACAAUGUGCAGAACCCAUAAAUCAGCCUUGUCGGCUCAAGGUCAAGGUCACAACUCAAGGUCAAAGGUUUGAGCCAUCCAUUUUGUGUCUGCUCUUUAUCUCCUAAACCCCUUGAAGGAAUUUUAUAAAACUUUGGUCAAAUGAUCACCUUAUCAAGACGAUGUGCAGAACCCAUGAAACAGCCAUGCCGGCACAAGGUCAAGGUCACAGCAUAGAGUCAAAGGCUUUAGCCUUCCAUAUUGUGUCCGCUCUAUAUCUCCUACACUUCUUGAAGGAUUUUCAUCAAAUUUGGGUCAAAUGAUCAUCUCAUCAAGGCGAUGUGCAGAACUUAUGAGUCAGUCAUGCCGGCCCAAGGUCAAGGUCACAGCUGAGGGUCAAAUGUUUGAGCCUUCCAUUUUUGUCUGCUCUGUAUCUCCUAAUCCACUUGAAGGAUUCAUAUGAAACUUGGGUCAAAUGAUCACCUCAUUAUUGCGAUAUGCAGAACUCCUGAGUCUGCCAUGCCGGCUCAAGGUCAAAGGUAUUAGCCAUCCAUUCCGUGUCCGCUCUAUAUCUCUUAAACCCCUUGAAGGAUUUUCGUCAAACUUGGGUCAAAUGAUCACCUCAUCAAAACAAUGUGCAGAACUUAGAAGUCAGCCAUGCUGGCUCAAGGUCAAGGUCACAACUUAGGGUCAAAUGUUUGAGCCUUCCAUUUUGUGUCCAUUCUGUAUCUCCUAAACUCCUUGAAGGAUUUUCAUCAAACUUGGGUCAAAUAAUCACCUCAUCAAGAACUCAUGAGUCAGUCAUGUCACCUCAAGGUCAAGGUCACAACUCAAGGUCAAAGAAUUGAGCUCUGUAUCUCCUAAACCCCUUGAAGGAUUUUCAUGAAACUUUGGUCAAAUGAUCAUCUUAUCAAGACAUUGUGCAAAAUUCAUGAGUCAGCCAUGUCAGUUCAAGGUCAAGGUCACAACUAAAGGUUAAAGGUUUACCGUUUCACUAUCCGUAACACUGGCGGUGGAUUUAGCGGUCUUUCAGACUGCCUUGUUCUAUAUUUGUAUGCACAUGCACUUUCAGCUAUCGUAUCUGCGCUCCUAGUCCGUUGUAUUUUGUCAGUUAUAAUAUAGAUAUAAUCCGUGUUUAUUUUAUCAUAUCCACUAUUGAAUCAAAAUAACUUACGUGAAAUAACUGGUCAGCUCUACUUUUGACACGAAACUAAGAUAUAUACGACACUUUAUAGACCGUUCUAUAUAAUGUGUCCAUUCUGAACGCAAAUUUCCUUUUAACAUUCAACCUGCUAAAUUUCUAAAAAUGAUUGUCCAUUGUUCAAUUUGGGCAGUACUAUUUAUUAUUCGAAGAGGUUUGUACUGAAAAAUUGCUGACUGUAAAGCGAACAGUGUAGACCAUGUUCAGGCUGAUCUUUGUCUGCACUGGCCGCAAAGGCAGAAUGACAUGCCGGCAGCAGGUUAAAGGUUAAAUGAGCCGCGCCAUGAGAAAACCAACAUAGUGGCUUUGCGGCCAACAUGGAUCCAGACCAGCUGCGCAUCCGCGCAGUCUGGAUAGGACCCAUGAUGUUCGCUUACAGUUUCUCUAAUUGCAAUAGGCUUUGAAAGCGAACAGCAUGGAUCCUGACCAGACUGCACGGAUGCGCAGGCUGGUCUGGAUCCAUGCUGGUCGCAAAGCCACUAUGUUGGUUUUCUCAUGGCGCGGCUCAAAUAUUUUGAUACUAAUCGUGAGAUUAUAACUGAAACAGAAAUUGUAAUAAGCAACCGUCCAAUAAACUGCAGACGACACAGAUAACCAUCAAACCCCAUAUUUGCCAACUACACGAUCUACUUAAUGGAUUUAGAUAUACACACACAUGUAAGUGAGAUCUCUUGUUGCUGACUUGAUAUUUAAACCUAUCAAUCUGGUAUCUGGUAUAUCUAGUAUAAUAUAGUAAAGCAUAUAUAGUUAAACUAUAAAUCAUACUUCAACACAGAUUGAUGAUAAUACUAAUGUGUGGAAUUCAUCAAAAUUCAUUUGGCUAGCAUCUCUUCUUUGAAUAAUGUAUAUAUUUCCAUACUGUUUAUUUUGGCCAGUGAAGAUUUAGAAAAGAAAAUGUUAGAAUUAUAUGAAAUGUUUAUGUAAUUUCUUUCGUUUAAGUGCAAAUCAAGCCUUCACGGAAGUUUCAUACGAGUUUAGUUUUGUAUAUAACGACAUUCAUACGGACGUUUUGACUGAAAACAUACGCGCUUUAAAACAUUCAUUAUCCUAAUGUGGCCAUCGCAGAUAAUUCUGACCUUUUUGGUAGGAUUGAAACAGAAAUCUAUAUGCACACUCAUACAUUCAGGAAGAUAAAUGUUGUGCUAAAUGUUACUGUAGCAAGUGUAUGUAUACUUAAACCCCCAAAUUUCACUAACUUACUUCAUAUAGUUUAUUUAAACAUAAAAGUUUGAGACGUUGAGACGUUUAUGUGUAUUUACAGUACUAUGCAUUAGGUUUAAAAUAAACACACUGUAUACAUUUAUAUUUUGCCUGCGAAACAUGCGAAAGUUCAAUUGGACGAUAGCUCCACUAAAAUAGUCCUGUGCCUAAAGGGGUAACCAAACUUGGCAUGAUUGAUGAAUAGGUAGUAUGAGGCAUUCAUUUGUUAAAUGAGGCUAGUUAAAUUGAUUUGAAAUUCUGAAUUCUUUUUCUUUCUUUGGACUUUUAUCCGUUUAAUAAAAUGUAAAUGGGCCUACGGGGUGGAUUGGUCAAAACGGCUGACUUUAAAUAAGGUUUUUCUCUGCAUUGUUACGUUAUAAUUCUUUAUAUGAAGUACUGGUUCUCUAAAUAUCUGACAUUC